CGGCCGGCUACGGCAGUCGGCAUUCAACUGUUUACAGUGACGCUGCCUAGAUCGCACCGUUUUAUUAUGAGUAUGUGCAUAUACUGCGAUUUUCCAGUGAUUGAACGCAACGUUUCGGUUGAAUGUUUUGAUUAUCAUCAGGAAUCUGUGCAACGGUUGCUCGUCAGGAGGUUGUACUUUAAUGACGUGUGAAACUCCGGCUAGACUUUGAGCGAUUUAUCGAGUGAUCGGUACUGAAGAUGUCGACCGGAAAGAGAUUAGCGAAACGUUCCAUUAUCGGAACACGAGUGUGCGCUCCGGGAGAGGACGGCAAAUACUACUCCGGAGUGAUCCAGGCAGUCAAAACUCCGGCCAACUUCCUUGAAAACAAUAACUGUAUCAACCUCACCCCCAAUACCAGAUAUACAGUCCGUUUCGACUCCCGACAAGGUAAUUUGGGUCGUACCACGGCCGAGUUCUUCGAAAUGGAUCUCAUCGGUCCCGGAUUCCAAUCCGUGCUCGGUCUCAAACUCGUUCCGGAGCAGAAAUGUUUCGUCACCUUCAACGGCAGGGAAGUUUCCGGUGAGGUCUGCAAACAUUAUUUCGAGCGCGACGAAGUGAUCAUCAGGAUACAUCCCCCCGGAUCCGAAGCGCCUUUCGAGGUCCAGAAACGCCUCGAGGAGGUCAGACUUUUGGAGUCGCGGAAGUCGGCCAGAUUGGCCGAUCAGGAUACGGAUUUCGCCAGGUUGGCAGACAUGGCAGGGGAUAGGAAGAGGACGGCGUCGCACACUAUUGACGUCCCGGCGCCUUCCACCCAUCUCGGAUCCCGUAAACGACGUCCCAGCAGCAGCCAAGAUGACAAUUACAAAGACACUCAAAUGGAUGAAUGCAGCGCCGCUUUGGUCCUAAUGAGCCUCUCGUGUUCGCCACAUUCGCCAAACUUCCACGGCUUUCCAUGGCGGCUGAGCACCUCGCCGGACAGUAACAUCAGCAGCAGUUCGGCCUCCUAUCGGUCGACACCCUCGCCGCCGCCCAGGGCGUACUCCCCCCAAUCAGCCCCCUUGUCGUCCAGCGCGGGUUCCGAUGAGGGCAUUGUCAUGGACUACCAGGACGAACAGCCCAGAAAGAAAAAGAACGUCACCCGAAUUGUGUUCCAAUGCAUGUGGCCUAGCUGCCUAAAAAUACGAGACACCUGUGAAGCCAUCCUCGCCCAUCUCAAGGACCACGACGUGCUCCCCGGAGAGGAGGAGUUCUACUUCACGGAGGUGGAGCUGGGGCUCACCAGCCCGCCGCCAACCUUGUCUCACCGCGACAUGGCGCGGCCCCCGCACGAGGAUCCCGACUACCAGCGGCAGAUCGUGGGCUCCUUCCGACAGACGCUGCUGGCGUCGGCGCCCCCGCAAUCGCCCCACAAGCUGCUCAAGUUGUCGUCGCCGCGACCGCACAGCCCCAAGACGCCGGCAUCGCCACGCCGCGUCCGUGGCGAGAAUAAGAAGUGCCGCAAAGUCUACGGCAUGGACCAUAGGGAGCAGUGGUGCACGCAGUGCAAGUGGAAAAAGGCCUGCUCGAGGUUCGGGGACUGAUCCAAGUGACAGUGACCUCGGCGCCGAUCUCAGACUAGAGUCAAGUACAAGGACGGGGACGUUGAUGUCGUGUUUGAUCGUUUUAUGGACAUGUGAUCAGUGUGAAGAUCUCAGCCAAAGUGCACCACGUCGCGCUACCUUACCGUACCGGACAUUAUUGAUGAUGAUUCGAUUCGCUUUUGCUGUUUUGGUAUUAGAGAUUAGGUGAGAUUUGUGAGAUUGAUGAUAUACCUGCCAUAGUUUGUAGGGGCUAUGAGUAUUUUAAAUUAUUAUAGAAUGUACACGCCGUCCCCGAAUCAACGGCCGAAACGUCAGUUCGGGAACGGCUUGGUAUAUUAAGCGUCACGAAAGACGCAGCGAGUCACUGCCCUGUUUAUUGCUUCUGUGUACUUUGUAUUAUUGUCGAUCUUUUUAAAUUUUUAUCUAUUGUAUAUUGUUAAGAGGCAAUCGUGCACUUGUAUCAAAUUUGUAUGAAAGAAAUCAUAGUUAUUUACACAUUUCAUUACCUCUAAAGUCUUUCAUUUUUAUUAUUAUUAUUUUUGUUAUUCCUCAUAUUUACAUUUAUAGAGUAUUUAUAUACAUAAUAUAAUUAUAUAUUUUUCAGAGUAUUCAUAUAUUUUUAAUGUUAAGUUGAAAUCAUUAUCAUGUUAAAUUUUAACACAGUAAAUAGCUCGUAAGGUACAUAAACUUAUACAUUAAAGAAAAAUACAUUAUAUUUACAUUAGUUACAAAUGUAUAUUUAGAAUUCAUCCAGAGAAUGAUUUAUGAAUGAACAUGAAAUUCGGCAAAUUUAUUAAUAAAGCAUAUUAUAUUAUCUAA